UUAUCCAAUGGUGUUGUGAACAUUCAAAAUAUUCAAAAUGGAACGAUGCAAUUUUACAUUGUACAAAGUAACACGGGUCUUGUUACACCGCUCGACAAAAUGAAAUUACCCAUGGACGGACAGAACGAUUCUGUCCUGAGCUGGGACUCAAAUAAAGUACAUAACUGGCUCUCUUCUCUUGGCUUUUCUGAAUAUGAAUCGCAGAUAAAAGAGCAAGGCAUAAGUGGAGAUAUAUUAGUUCAUUUGGACCAUUCAGCGCUCAAAGACCUCGGGGUUCAUUCGGUUGGUCAUCGGGUUGCCAUAAUGAAGGCCGUCUACUUUCUUAAGAUACAACACAAUGUACCGGUAGAACUGAGAGACUAUACACCACCAUCUGCAGCAUAUGAAAGCGCAAUGAAUGAUGUUAAUGGAAUUCCGGACCUUCGUAAAAUUGAAAAUGCAUUCCAAGAGAGAGGCAUGUAUUUUCAUUAUCAGGUGCAAAGGCUAUCGUCCGAGUUAACUAAACUACGCGAAGAAUUGAUACCAAUUUGGAAAAUGUUUAAGGAAAACAAGCCAUUACCCGAGCCAGAACGGAAUAUUUCCGUGAAUGGUUUUAAUGGGUCAAACCUUUCCGUGCAGGUUCCUAGCAUAAGUGUAAGACCAGCUGCAUACUCGGAAUGUUCGAGCGCACCGCCUUCUCCUCAUUCGCCACGCGAUGUUAACAGCAACAACCGUAACAACCGUUAUUAUGACCAUGAU